UUAGUCGUGUUUAAAUUGGAAGCGCAUGCGGUUGUCGGUGCUCUCGGUUCUCGAUCCUCCAUAAUCGGUGGCUCCGGGUGCCUUAAAGUCCCCACGACUAGCAUUACUCUUAACUGCACUUACUGCAACCUGUGCCCUUUGCAAAAAGUAGAUUGCCAAACAAACUGACUACCCAGUGAAUUUUGUAUGCUGCCGAAGAGUAUGCAAUAGUGUUGCGUGGGUAUCAGUGAUUUAGUGAGCCAGUUUUAUAAUAAAUAAAAAUGCAUGAUCCCAGCGACUACGACUCAGUUUACAGCGAGGAGGACUUUCGGGACACAGUCCAAGGAGCUGAAACUCCUCCGCUGAUGGACUACGAAGAAUUCAGAGUGAAGACAAUGGAUGAAAGACAGCACAUACAGAAGAAAACAUUCACAAAAUGGAUCAAUUCACAUCUUAUCGAUACCCAGUGCACACCAGUAAAGGAUUUGUUCUUGGAUCUGCGGGACGGACAUCGAUUGCUGGCCCUGCUGAGCACCCUGACUCACACAAGCCUGAAACCCGAAAAAGGUCGCAUGCGAGUACACCACAUCAACAAUCUGAACAAGGUGAUUACCGUGAUCCAGCAGCAUGGUGUCAAGUUGGUGAACAUCUCCAGCGAUGACAUUGUGGGUGGCAAUCCCAAGUUGACCCUAGGCCUCAUUUGGCUGAUAGCUCUGGAGUUCAAUGGCCAGCAUCUAGUCAAGAGUCAUUCGAGCAACGGGGUGGAGAAGUCCCUAUUGGCCUGGGCACGUCAGUAUACGGAAGCUCAUGGUCUGCAGCUAAAUGAUUUUUCCAGUUCGUGGUCCGAUGGAAGAGCCUUCCUCAUGAUACUGGAUGCCCAUGUGGAGGAGUUAAAUUUGCAGGCGGCUUUGCAGCAACAUGCCCUGAAAAGACUGCAUUUGGCUUUUGAUUUGGCAUAUAGUCACUUUAAGAUCGAAAAACUGCUGGACGCCGAGGAUGUGCACACCCACAAGCCAGAUAACAAGUCAAUACAGAUGUAUGUGAUGUGCCUUUACCACGCGAUGGAAUCCAUGAGAACAAGGCAGCAGGAGCAGGAUGAGGGUCAGGAUCAGGAUCCGGGAAGAGUGCCCUGCACCAGUAUCACAGACUUGGAUGAGGUGCCUCUGGACAAUGACCAAACCAGUUUGGGGCUCUUUACUUCAGACAGUGGUGGUAGUAUGGAGCAGCGAUCUUCCGCGGAGCUAAAGACCCACUCAAUGCGCCCCUUGAGCACGGCUACCAAUGCGAGUGUGGAGAUCAGUGGCUAUCAGUCUGCUCUCGAGGCAGUACUCACCCUCCUACUGGAAGAUGAACAGCUGCUCUCACAGAACUUGCCGGAUCCGCAGGAUUUUCAGACUGCCAAGAUGCAGUUUCACGAAAACGAAAGCUUUAUGCUGAAGCUCACCGAACACCAGGAGUAUGUGGGAGAAGCUCUAGAGGAGGGUAGCAACCUCAUCAACGAGUCCCAGAAGGCAGGAGCUGGAUUGAGUCAUGAGGAUCAAAACGAAGUGAGGCAACAAAUGGUGUUGCUCAACGAACGUUGGGAAACCUUGAGAUUGCGCGCUUUAGAUGUUCAAGCCAAAAUUCUAAUGAGACUGGCCGAGUUUCAGAAGCAAAAACUCGAACAGCUUCGCCAGUUUCUGACCAGUGUUGAAGAUCGUAUAUCCCAUAUGAGUGACUUAGGACCUACCCUAGAAGAAGCUGAAAGGCAGCUAUUGGAAGCUCAGAAACUCAAGGCAGAUCUAAGUGAACAGCAGGAAUUGGUGGAUAGUCUGAGCAGUAUGGUGGUUAUUGUGAACGAUACCUCUGGCAACUUUAAUGAUCUUGAAGAUCGCUUGAGUGCCUUGGGGGAGAGAUGGUCGCAUGUGGUCAAGUGGAGUGAUCUGCGAUCCGAGAAACUGCAGCAGUAUAAAUGUAUUUCCAGAUGGCUGGAUGCCCGCGAGCAGGAUCUCAAGCUCAUGGAGAGUAGGGAUGUCACAGAUGUGGGCGGCAUAACCCAGCGUAUUAAUGAGCUUAACUAUUGUGCAAAGGAUCUGCUGGAACUGCAGAGAUAUCUGAUAGAUCUGCGACAAAUGGUGGCUGCCACAUUGCAGGAUGGUGAUGACAAGGGCGAAAGGGUACUAAUACAACUAGAGAGCUACGAAGAUCGUUUAGAUGCCUUAAAGCAGAUUGUUGAAGUGCAAACGGUGCGAAUUGAAACCAAGGGCUUCAACUUUGGACGAGAUCGUGCUAGCUAUGAUGACAGUAGGGUUGUGCGUCCUGAAGGAUGGGUGGAUUACCAGAUGAUCAUUCGCUUCGGUGAAGAAGAUUGUCAGGAAGAGGACGAGAAGCAUAAUUUGGCCAGCAAAAAGCGCAAGCUCAGGAACGCUGACAAUUUCAAUGCCCUCGAGAAUCGCAUCAUGGAGCACUUCGGCUAUGUCCAGGAAGUGGAGCAAAAGCUACAGCAGUUACAGAGACAAAGUCUGCGGCAACAGUGUGAAUUACUCAAGGAACUUCAGGCGGAAAAUAGCCGACGCAACGGUACUUUGCCCGAACUUAAGAAACUCUACGAAGUCUGUGAGCUGGAGGAUCCCUCGAGGAACCUUCUCCUGGAAGAAACACACAUCAAGCAGCUGGAGCAAAGAUACGCGACCUUGUCUAAAAAACUAUCAAGCCAACAGAGCGAAAGCAAUACGCUGUUGGCCAAAGAAAAGUAUUACAAUAGUCUGACAGGAUUUAAAUUAGUUUUAGCUGAUUCCAGAGAUUGGUAUAAGCAACACGCUGGUUCAGCCAGUGGCAACGAGCUGGAACAGCGUUUGAGCCACAUGGAAUCCCUGGCAUCGGAGAUUUCAGAGGCCAAGACAGCCACCGAAGAGCUGGAUGAUAAGCUAAUAGAAUGGAAGCAGGACUUCGGGCUGUUCUACGAUAGUUGGCAUGAUAUGAAGCAGGCUUUGCAGGCCCUAAUUCAACAGAGAGGUGGAGAAAGUCUUUCCAGGCAGUUGAAACAAAUCCAAGAUUUUGUAACCAAAGUGUCUAAUCAAAAGGUCCGCGUUUCCAAUCUGGAAGUCAUGCAAAAGCAGCAGCAUAUGCUGAACCAAUUGGUAGAUGAACUAGAGUCUUUUCGGCUAACUUAUGAUAGUAUACCGAAACACCUGGUUGGCGAAGAAUUACAAGCCACUUGGAACCGACUUCCCGAACAGCUAAAUGAGCGCGUGAUUAAGCAAACCACAGCUAUAGAAAACCUUAACCACUUCGCUGCGGAGUAUAAUGCCAUUAUAGCUGUGUUGCGAACUGCAGCCGAUUUCAAGUUGAAUGGAAGUGACGGUGGUAGCAAUCAAGAUCUUCGAAAACUGGAGAUCGAUGUGAUAAGCGCUCGAAAUUUCAGCGAAAUUCUGAUCAAGGAGGCGGAACCAGCCCAAAAGGAAUCGCUACAAUCGCAGAUUAGGGCUCUUAAUACUUUGUACGACCAAGUGGAACAGGUUCAUCGGGAGAAGAAGCAACAGCAGACGGUUCUGCAAUCCCAGAUCGAUCUCAUCCAGCUGAGGCUCAAGAAAACUGAUCAGUGGCUAACUGACCUGGAGAGUAAUACACCCAAAUCGGGAAUUAGCGAUAUAGGAAAUUCCAACGAGUUGUUCCAGAGCAAGAGUCGCUUUCAAACUCUUAAGGAAACGUGCGAAAAGGAAACCACCCAGUUCAGAGAUCUCAAUGAACGCGGUGGUGAGUUGCUCCUUCAAAUGGAUGAGCUUCAGGACCAGGAUAGGGAGUCCCGAUAUGGAUCGCUGGCCAAGCAAUUCACACGCAUCAAUGCCAGAUGGACGGAGGUCACCGAGCUGGUUUAUGCAAAGACAGCUCUUCUCGAGCACAUCUCAACGCAGCUGGGGGAGUUCAAGAAGUUCAUGGUUAGCGAGACGGGUUACCUGGACAAGUUGGAAAACAAGAUACGCAACACGCCAGAGAAUGCAGCCGACGCAGAGGAGAUCAUGGAGGAACUUGAUGAUCUGGAGAAUGUUCUGCGCUCGCACUCUGAGGAAUGGCUGGACAAGAUUCAGGAAAUUGGCAACGAACUAAUUGACAACGAAUUCAUGGCCGACUCCAUGCGACGCGACAUUGAUGACACCGUCCAACGAUGGACGCAACUCCAGCAGCAGGCCAAGAAGCGAGCCGAGCUCCUGGAGCAAAAGGUCAGCGAGGCGGAGCAGUCCGAGAAGUGCAUCGUGCAGUUCGAGAAGUGGCUGACUCGGGUGGACGACAUACUCAGCGAUCAUCUGGAGAACGAUGUGACCAUUGAAGAUCUGCCGGAGGAUUUCCAGCGCUUAGCACGCGAGUUUGUGGCCAAUGAGAAAAACUUUAAGGAGAUCAGCGAACUUAUUGACGAGCACACGAGGAACGGCAAGGUCGGAGCUGCCAAUCGCCUCCAGGAGCAGCUAAAUCUGAUGGAGGUGAGGUUCAAGUACUGCCAGGCCAAGCUGAGCAAGUGUACUGCACCCCAACCUGCCUACGAAUCGCGUCUGAACAGGUCCUAUGCGAAUCUUCGAAAUGUGGAGCGAUCCACUCUGGUACUAGAUGUCGCAUCCGCCGGACCCAAUACGGUUCAGGCUCAAUACCAAAAGUGUCUGCAAAUUUAUCGCACUCUGUCGGAGAUAAAGGCGGAAAUCGAGAGCACAAUUAAAACCGGUCGCAGGGUUUGCGAGGACCGGUACACAAAAUCCCCAAAGCAACUUAGUCAGCGGAUUGAUGCGCUGAAGCACCUGUACAAUGCCCUCGGAGACAAUGUGACCCAGUCAAAGGCGUUCUUGGAAAGUCUGCUCACACUAGCGAGGCAAUUAGAGGAGUGUUUCGAUUCGGCGGACACCCUAAUCCGGCGCUUUGAGUCGCCGCAAGAGGUCCACGACAGAAACUCCAUACUCCUGGAGUUCGAGGAUGUGCUGCGGAGGUGCGAGGACCACUACAAUGAGUAUAGAAAAUCCUGUGACCAGAGCUGCAUGGCGGAAACCCGCCAAAGGAUCGAUGGACUGAAGGCCACGUACCACAAGUUGACCAGUGCGGACAUUAUCAAGCGGCUCACCGAGAUGAAGGCCACCCUGCAGAACCUGGACAAUAUUUCCCUGGAGACCCUAAAGGCAAUGGAGCACGACCUGAAGGAGAUAAAUGUGCCCUCGAAUCCGGAAAUUGAGAAAUUGCAGCAGCAAGUAAUUGCAAUUGUCGUGGAUGUGCUGAAAACCCGUUUCAAUGAAGCCACAACGCUUGCCGCUCGAAAUACGAGCUCUCCGGAAAAUGACGACACGGAAAUAGUAGUAGUCAGCGAUACAGUGCGUCAACGACGGGCCAGGACACCCCAAUCAGGGGAGUCCCCAUCAUCCGCACCCACCAGUUCCUCUGAGUCGCCAACGAAGGGUGUGGAGAAUAGUACGGUAGCGGUUGGCGACCUGCCAGGUGGAGUCCUGCCGGAUCUUCUCCCGCCUCAAACAUUCCGGCUGGCCGAGUCCAGUACUCUGUUCUCCCAGAUUUCCCUUAAUCCAGAGAAGGUAUCCAAGACUCCACCACCUAAACCGGCGAAAACAAAGCGAAAGGCUCCAAGUUCUCCCGCCCAAGUUGUGGAGAUCAGGGUGAAGAACAUCCAAAACGAUAAAAUGUCAGUGCAGAAUAUUGAUCUAGAACCACAGCAGGGUGAAAUCGUGGACACCGUCAAUAUCCUGGAGAGUGUGGAACCCUUUGUACCCGAGUACGUGGAGACUGUACAGAUUGUAGAUCUCUCCGAGGACUCGGACUCAUCGGUUAGAGUUGAUAGUCAGGGCAAGGAGGUGCGACGGUCGAGGAGCAAGCACUCACUGAACGAUGCUCCACUGCCCAAGGUUUCGGAUAACGAUGAAGACUCGGCGGAACAGGAGGAGGACCUCAUACGUCCCUCGGCUGGAAAUACAAGCACACCGUUCCUGAGGGUGGAAAAGCACCGCAUCUCCUUCGAUGAGAAACGCAAACGAGUAGCUAAUGAGCGCGAUAUCCUGCGUGAUUUCGAAGAGGAGGAACCCAAAACACCGGAUACUCCCCGGUCAGCGCAAGUAUCCAAACCAAAGCGCUGGCGCCAGCUUCAGCCAGAAAUAGAUGCCCUGGAACCCGAAUCCCCCGGUCGCGAUAGUUUCUAUAGUCCCGACAAAGAAUCCGGUUUCGAUGCUGAGCCUCUCGUGUUUUCCGACGAUGAGGAUAUACCGCGUUUCUCGCUGGAAAUGACACCAACCAUUGACUCCGAUAGUGAUACGAGUCGCAUUGAGACGCCCUCCACCAAAAAGCCCAAUCCUUUCCUGAGCAAGGUCCUAGAAUCGAUGCCUUCUCCGGUGGAUGACUCGAAUGUAACGCUCAAAAGUCCGCUCAGCGAACAGCUGCCCCAGAAUCUGGAUGAUCGUGUCCGAGAGUUCGAUAAGCAGGCCAAGCAGAUGAUCUACAAGUUGAAGCUUACGAAGGCCAAGAUUGAACAGUGUCACGAAAGCGAAGCAGAGGAUCUGAGGCUCCUAAUAGCUCCCGAUGCAGCCACCUUGAUAUCCCAGGGAGACUCCUUGGUACUGGAAACCCAUGGAAGACAGGGCAGCAUUUCCCGCCUGGUCAUGCGCACCCAAAUAAUAUUGAGGGAACAGUUUCGAGAAGUGCAGCAAGCUACAUCCAAUACCUCGGGAAGUGGGACGCCAGCUCCUCCACUCGACAGUGUGAACAUCGAGGAACUGGUCACCAAGGGACUGCGUCGCAUCAACGUUCUUAUAGAGAAGACUGUGGAUCUAAAGUCUAGCAGCGAUCUUGAGAAGCGCAUGGAGGAUAUCAACGAGCGGCACGACGAUUUGCAAGUGAUUGUCAGCGCCAUUGGCAAGAACGCCCAGAUGCCGAAGGUCACGCCCCUCAUGAUGAACGAAAUUGAAAAGACGAAAAACAAUUUGAUAGCUCACGCGGAUUCCAUUGAGCUCUCGUUGACGGAACUAAGAAAUGGCCCCCGAAUUUCCAAUGGCAUGGAGCGUCCAGAUGCAUCCAGUGCGGCCACCAUGAGCUGUCGUUCGGAGUACAAUAACGAGCCGAGUGGUACUGGAGCGUUGGCCGGCAGCUUCGAUAAGUCGGUGCUGCAAAUUUCCGACUGGCUGACUUGGGAACAAAACAUGAUCAAGAUACAGAGCGUGCUCGUCGACGAUGGCGAUGCAGUGCGACUGGCCAUCGAGAAGCAAGAGAAAGUCCUGCGUGAAUUGAAAAUGAAAAAGCCGCAGCUUAACGAACUGGUUCACACAGCGGAAGUGCUCAAAGGCGACGUAAAACGGCAGCAACUGCAGGAGAAAGAACUGAAACAGUUUUCCCUAGCCCCGCACUGUUCAGCGGACUUAGAUUAUAUGCGUUGCUGUCUGAAAGUGACCCGAUUGCGAGAACACUGGGAUGAGACGUCACAAUGUGUCCUGCAGCGAGCUGCCCAACUCAAAAACAUGCUGAGCGACUCCCAGCGGUUUGAGGCCAAGCGCCUGGAGCUCGAGAAAUGGCUGGCCCGCAUGGAGCAGCGUGCCGAGCGAAUGGGAACCAUCGCCACCACAGCCGACAUCCUGGAGGCCCAGCAGAAGGAGCAGAAGUCCUUCCAUGCGGAGUUGCACCAGAACAAGCAGCACUUCGACAUCUUCAACGAGCUUACCCAGAAACUGAUUGCUGUCUAUCCCAAUGAUGAUACCACCAGGAUCAAGAAGAUGACGGAGGUCAUCAAUCAACGAUAUGCUAACUUAAACAACGGAGUCAUCAAUCGCGGCAAGCAACUGCAUGCAGCGGUGCAUAGUCUUCAGUCUUUCGAUCGAGCCAUGGAUCAGUUCCUUGCUUUUCUUUCGGAAACGGAAACACUUUGCGAAAACGCGGAGUCUGACAUUGAACGCAAUCCAUUAAUGUUCAAGGUGCAACUGGGUUAACAUGGCUGCGAUGGAAAUUGCUGCAAGGAGAUCGGAGAGGUGACGGCGGUAGGGGCGCGUGCUAUGCAAAUGGCGUCUGAAAAUUGAUACAACAAAGGGAAGAAGGGCUGCGAAAAAAUCUGAAAAACUGCUCGCAGUAAACGAAAUGCAUUUGCCGUUUUUGCAAUUUGUUCAGACGCCCCCAACUCGAUUUUUGAGCAUAUGCAACAGCUCAAUUUUGUAUUGAAUGGCCCUGCACUUGCCUCAAAUUCAGCACAUUUUCCCACUUUUUUGCCUGCCAUAUUGUUUGUUUGAAUGGCAGCUUCAUUAAUGCGAAUAUUCAGCCGACUGACAAUGGGAUUCGAGAUCAAAAUUUUCCCUUUUAAUACUACUGGAACUUCGUUGGCAUUUCUGUGUGGUUGAUGAAAUCAAAUUGCAAGCAAUUACUUUAAUGUUACCGCUACCACGCCCCUCGCCAGGGGUUCCGCCCACAAUUUUAAAAGUGCAAAAGACCGCAACUCGUUUGCGGUUCUCGCAUUUCGAAUAUUUGAAUGGAACCGCCAUUAACUGCGGUGAAAGGUAAAAGGUGCUCAAAUAUCUUUAUACAAAAAAUAUAUGUCCAUGUGUGCGGCUGGGGAACAUUGAACUCAUCGGGUUUGAUUGAUUGCAAUUGAAUUCGAGGAGGGAAAAAACAAGAUUCCGUUGGCUCUCCUGGAUGCCAAAAUGCCAGGAUGUUAAUGAUGUGUGCACGUGUGUCUGGCUCAUAAUUAAGAGAAAUGUUCCCGGGAAAUUAAUGAAGUCAGAAAUGGAAAACUGGACCAGAGAGCGAAAUAUCCCUGAAAAAAUGCCUUUUAUAAUAUAUUUCAUUAUAUGAUGUAAAGACGCGUAUUAAAAAGGAAGCCAAAAACAAAAAACAAUAAACAUAUAAUAUAUUUUAUAACAAAGUUCUGUUUAUGAUUUAACUUUAUACUGUUUUACAACACAGUUUCCCACUUUUCCUUUUUUUCUGAAAAACUUUUAAUUUGAAUUUUAAAAUACGUACGCAUUAAAUCCAUCAGCCUUGGGAAGAAGACAUAAAUGACACAUAAUUCUGUUACCGCCAUUCGUUUAUCGUCUCAGAAAAACAGCAAACUUCUAUUUUGCAUGCAAAUACACACCCACUGCCUCUCACAUGAGCGAAGUGAAACCUUAUAUUUCCCAAGACUUGUUUUCGUUGCACAACUUAGCAUCGAUUACAUUUUUGCCAAAUUGAAUUGUGCAUGGCAGUGCUGAGCAAUAGGAAAAUAACGAAAAGAAAAUGGGAAAAGGGAGAAAAAAGAAAUUGCUUCCUUGCAUGUUUUCCAUCCAGUCACAUGUGAACGGAAAGAGGAGUGGGCGAUGCGAUGUCCUGAAAAUUGGGUUGCCUGAUGACAAGAGCUGAAUUCAAUUGAACGAAAAACUUGCAAAAAGAGGAAGCACCAUUUGCAUCGAUGUGCAAUUUACGGCCUAAAUGUCAAUUUCACUUAAGGCCAACUUUCACUUGGGCGAUGACAGGGAUUCUAUCUUUAUCCUAUUUUCGAUCUGAGGCUUAGGACGCUUUAAGUCGGUGCCAUGUUGACACUUUAAGUAUUAUUAGUAGACAAUGGAAGCAAAGAAAGGGGAGAGAGCUAGGCAAACAGAAGGAGAGGGAGAAAGAGAAACUUGACUUUUCCGAGUCAAAAUGGCGGUCGAGUGUGUUUAUAGAUGAAGUGAGACAAAUACCGCCAUAAUUCCUGCCCAAAGGGUCAUCCCACAGUAGAAUUUACUAUUUUGAUAUCCUUCUAAGAUACUGUCUUUGAUUAAUGUGUACUGAAGAUAAAUCUAAUUCAUGUCUUGAUGUCUAAAGAUUAUUAAGCUAAAAAUUCUUUACAAGAAUUUUGUAUAUAAUACAUCUAUAAAUAUAAACAGCAUUUUUGAUCAAUGGAAGAGAUGCAAAAGCAAAAUGUGUUUGAUAAAUCUUAUCAUUUAUCAAUUUAAGUUCAGAGAGUGUACAGUACAACCCGACGUGCAUGUGUUCGUUUUAUGGAAGCCUGACUGUUAAUCAUUGUCCGUGCCUACUUUUAGGCUUUUGCCAGAGAGUUGAAAGUGCAGGCAUAGAAGGCACAAGGAUAAUUGCAAUCCCGCUAAUGCUGGCGAAUGUGCUGUGGCUUUGUUUCGACAGCAACAACAAUCGUCACUCAAUUACUCUCGGAGCUUUGAUGCAUUUUCCUGGAGGCACAUCGCUGCACCCCACCCAUUGCCGCCCACUGCCCAUUUUCCUUUGUCAAUCUGUGUUGACAUUUGUCAACGAACUGUUUUCAGCACUGUUUUUUUGUUUGGGAUUUAUUGUGUUUAAUGUGUUGAAAAGUCUCCUUAUUUAUGGCAACUGGAUUAGGGGCUUGCCGCUCCCAGUUUUCCUCGUUUCAGGGGUGACAGCUGCGGAAUAGUUGUCACAUAGUUUCCAUGUGUUGUCAUUGUCUUUGUGUCGUGCUCGAUUGUGUGGAAAAUUGAAAAAGAAACAAACAAAACAGAGCUGAACUGAACUGAGGCAAACGGAGAAGGAAAGCUCGGCAAGACUUUGGUAUUGUCUAUACUCAGUUGUUGUUAUGGGGAAAAAAGAGGAAUUCGAUUUGCCAAACGGAUAUUAAAGGUAAACAUCGACUUCAUAGGAAAAAGGCAUGGUUUGAUUAAAUGAAAUCUCAGUGAGUUGGCAUACAAAGUAUGAGAUUCCAGGAUUCCGAGUGUGCUGAAAAAAUAGUUAUAAAAGGUUUCAUACACACAUGAAUCAAAUUAUUUUCUGCACCUAAUGUUUUGCAUUUUUCUGUCAAGUAAUGUCAUUCAUUUUUCCGUCACCACAUAUCUGCAUUAAAAUUGGUGCUCUUGGUGAUUCUAUUUUUGCAUUUGAUAUAUAGUUUUCUGAUGGAAUUCAGCCAACUCGGGUAAAUUUUAUUGCUUUUUUUUUUAUUAUUUUGCUGGCUCUUUGGUUGCCAACAAAAUAAAGUUUUAUGACACGAAAAAUGUUGCAACUAAUAUUUUAGACGUUGUAUUGCUUUCAAGUUUUCUCUUUUAUGUUUUGUAUAUGGCUGCUGCUUUCCGACAGAAAGCUAAUAGUGUUUGGCCAUUUUUCAUACUGCUCCUGAGGAUGGAGGAUAACGGCCAGCACACACACAUCCACGCUCAGUGGAGUGGUGCUGUCGUUAACUCAAAGUUUGUUAAAAAUUUUUAUCAGCAUGCCGAGGCAAUGACGUGGCCACAUCACACGGACGCGUAUGAGGGAGCGGGUUUUUCGGAUGGGAGUGUGGAGGAUGUGGACACGGACACGAACACGGACACAGACACGGAGAGCGGCUGCCAGGAUGCAGGAUGCAGGAAAAUGAGGAUGUGGAGCAGCAGGAGGUGAAACCGCUAGCCACAACAUGACGACGUCACUGACAUGUGACCAUACAUACUAAUAAAGCUUUAGUUGCUUGCUCAGAGCUGUUGAAAUUUUUUCAGUAUUCUCUAUCCUACUAAUGAAUUUGGUGUGGAAUUUCAGUUAAGAAAUAGUUUAGUGAUUGAUGGCUUAGAAGUUUUGAAAGUCUUCAGAGCAAUUUAAAGUUUGACUGUAUGUUAAUAAUGACAGCUUGGAAUUUUGUUUAACUUUUUCAGGUGCUAUCUCAUGACAUCUAAAUUUUUUGGCUCUUUCAAUCCAACAUGUUUUUAAUAAAUGCAUUUAAAAAAAGAAAAAAUUGAUUCCAAUCCCUUGUUAAGUACAUUAUUCGCUUCUAUCUUAUGCAUAAGUCGAAAUUCGUUUUCAUUUUAUUUAUUCCGUUCCCCUAUUACGCUUUCCUUAUAAAUUCCUAGCGUAUCGUGACUUCGUUUAUCUUGAUCUGCGUAGCUUCAAUUUCCCCAGUUCCUUUUUGGAAAUUUUUUCGUGGCAGUUUUUCUUUUUCAUCGCCCGAACAGGAGAUGACAAAGUCCGUGCAGGCGAAGAUUAGUAUUCCAGCUAGCCUGGCUUCUUUUCCAUACAUUUUUUUGGUCAGCUUGGCUGAGGGAUGCCUUCUGGUAGAUCCCUGUUCAUGUUUCUGCUUUGCCAGCCAUUUCCUUGGCUAUUUCUGCAGCAUUAAAGUUGUUGUUGUAUGUUGCAUUUACGCUUCCGCUCCGCUUGACAGAGAAAGAGACAGUAGCAGCGCCACGAAGAGAGAGAGGGAGAACGCAGACUUUUAGUGGCACCAUUAUGAGAUGAAGGACCCUUUCAGCUUUCGGAGCAAAGCUCAGUCAGUCAGGCAACCGCUUUAUGUGUAGAGUUCAUUACUUUUAUGUGAUUAUGUGUCAUGUGUGCUCCCAGCAUGGUAGGGAUAGGGAGUGUGGGUGUAUGUUUGAGUGCGGCACAUGUCAGUGUGUCAUUGGCAUUAUUAGUUUUUCCGUAGCACACUUUUCCGACGCCCCUCUACAGCUGGCUUACAUCUGUGACAGUUGUGCGAAAAACUUGUCCCGAAAUUAGUUGCAAUUAUUUAUGGCCUUGGCUUUUUGUGGCUUCGCUUUUUGUUCCGCCGAACUAGGGUAGCUAAUCAGUUGAAAGUUGAUGAUGGCAUGUGGGUAGCUUUGAGUCAACUAAUUUGUUUAUUUUGUGUAGAUUUGUAUCACGGACAGAACAGCACACGAAUCCCUAACCCACUUUUGAUAGAUGGGAAACGACCAUUAACAUGUAAUGCCUAUGUGCUGGUAUUUUCUCCUCGAAAAAUUUCCACAAAAAAUGUUGCACUUGUACGAGACUUUCUGAACAUUUGCCAAAAAGUCCGGACCGGUCCCUGUUCACAGGCAGCUGACCAGUAAUGAGUUGCCAGCCAGCUUCCAUUCAUUAUGGCCAGCUAACACAUGGCUAUAUUACACAUACGCAGUGUUGUACACCGAGAAACAUGAGUUUUCACAAGGGCGACGGGGACUUAAAGCUAGCUGAUAGGAAAAAGAAAUUGUAAAAGAGGGAAUUUUCAUCGUUGUUUCAUUGCCAACAACAUGCAACAUGGGAAAUAUGAACGAGCACCAAACAGGUUCCCCCUCGUAAUACCCGGAUGAUUCCUUUUGCCCGACGUAUGUAGUUAACUGUCUGCGGAUUCUGCUAACAAGACUCGUCAGUGAUUUGAGUGCUGCAUACGAGUUUGUUAUGCGAGUUGGAAUUAGCAUAGUUAGGAUACAACGAGUUCCCUCCUGAUUGCCAGCGAACCGCUCCUCGUAAUGAUGUGCAACUUGGUAUCAUCAUGGUAGCAGUAUGUCAGAACGAGAUGGGAAUGCCAACCUUUGGCUGCUGCUGCGAAUUCUCUGUAGUGUCGGCAUCUAUUAAUAUUAAUAGCUGUGAAAUGGGGUCAAAGAGUCUCCUCCAAUUAUUCAGGGGCUAAGAGUGGAUUGCGACGAGUGGAUAAUUUAAAAAAAGCUUUUGUUAAUCUUUUAUUACAAUUUAAUUAUAAAAACUCCAAUUAAAGUGCUUAGUAGCUCUGGAUAUUAUUAGGCUUUACUAAAUAAAGUUUUUGUUUUUAUUUGUAAUAUUAAUACUCGAUCUAUAAAUAACUAAAAGAAAUAAUUUUCUUGCAUAAAUUUUAUGGUUUUAAUUGAUUAAUUUGAAGGUUCGAUUUUUGUAUACAAUUCGUGUAUUCUAAGUUUUCACACAUAAAAUCUUUUACGUAUUUUGUCGACCUGCUUUCAUUAAAAACGAUGUGUUUGUUGAGCCCAGAAGUGCACAUUUUGUGCCCCACAUUUUGUCUACUUGUAAUAUCCACUCCACAUUUUCCACUUUCGAAAGCAGUGCCACGGCUUCCAUUUUCUUCGGUUGCCCAAAAAUCAUUAGCAGGCGACCGAAAAUUCAGGUCAGCCGCUUAAUGUGCCGCAUAAGUACCUAUAAGUAUGCAAUGCACUUUCGCCCAGGUACGCCACACCUAUCAAGUUGUACACCUAUACAGCGUACACCCAUACACCCCCAUACUCCACCCACACCGAGGCAGCGGCCACGCACAGAUUGCGGCAACAAAAUCUGUACACUUUGGCUCCAUUAAAGCAGCACGCACGAAGAGGCCACGGCUGCCAGUCCGUGAGCAUCCAACACAAAAGUGUGAUGUCAGUGGCUCACUCAUAUAUCCCACCACCACCCACCGCCCCCUGCGGUAUUUAUUUAGCCUAUAAAGCUUCAGUGGGUUACAGCCGUCUCGCACACCGUCAAAGCGUUCACCCAUAGGAGAGCAACUGGGAAGACUGAAGAAAGGAGGUUGUAUACCCGCACUAUGGGAUACUGAUUACAUUUCUCAGACUUGGUAUGGUCGCUUAUCAUUAAAAAUACCGCAAAUUAAAAGUAUUAUCAUGUGAAGAUAUUUUGAUUGGAUUUUGUGUUCUUACAAUGAACUCUGCACCAAGACGAAGAUCUAAAAUUGGUUUAAAAUGCCUUAAAAUAUGUUUUUUUUAUAAAUAAUUUGGAGUAACCAGUUAUGAAGAUAUUUUACUCGACCUCCUUGUUCUGAACCCAAAGCUUUGAAACAGAUUAAACAGAAACAGAUGAAAUAUCCAGCAUGACAGGACAGGACUUAAACUAUAGUUUGAAAUGCGCUUUCGUAAUUACUAAGACGACCCAUCGCGCUGCAAGUACCCUGUAUGAAAAACGGGGGAAAAAUGAGUGGAAAGUCGAGCGGAAAGUGACACACUAAACCAAAAGCAGAGCCUGCCCGCGCGGUUCAUAUGGCAGUUCAGUUCAGGCGGUUGCCGCUCUGGUUGGACUCUGUUGACCUAAAAAUCUCAUUUGCCGCAUGCCCAUUUCUGCCAUCACUUUUGUUACCUUACUUUUGUCGCACCUCUUGACUGUGGGCGGUGUUCUUUGUUUUCGGCUCUUGGUUUCUGCAACUGCGCCCCCAGCUAACGAAAAUUAUAGGAGCACAGCAGCAGAGAUUCUUUGAUAUAAAUAAAACGCAAAAAAUAUAUAUUCUUUAGCUCAUGAGAAAAAUUGAAAGAGGAAGUGCUGGAAAUGAAAUUUGAGCCCGCAGCUUGACCUAGAAGAAGCCGAAAGACCAUAUGUUCUGCGCUUCCCAUUUCCCCGUUCAGUUAAUUUCCUGAACAUGACGUGCUGCUUUCCUUGCCUUUUUUUUUAAGUUGUAAGACAAAAUUCUCGAUUGGUAAUCAAAGUCCUUUUCAUAAACGAACAACUUCAACAAGCUUCAAUUUAAUAAAACUGAACUUUUCAUGCUCGUUUAGGGUUAGUGCUCCACAGUUUUUCCAGAGGCGAAUAGCAACCACAGACUCUUGAUAAAUAUUAAAUGGUCCUGUUUGUUUAAGCAAGUAACGGUGUAAAAUGUAAAAAUCUCUUGUUAUCUCUUUCUUGUAGCAAGCGUAAUCGUAUUAUUUUAAUAACAAGUGCGUACAAAGUGCAGUAAAUAGUUGAAAAAGACAACAUUCAAUCGAAAGCUGGGAAUACAUUUGUACCUUUAUAUAUAGUAUAAACUGCUAAAAAAGUUAAAAGGCUUUAUGACGAUUAAUUAACGGUCUUAGAUAUACUCCAAAUAAAAUCAAAUAUUAACAGCUCAUUUGGGCACUGAACAUAGGUUCCCUGACAUCCCUGUUCAAAUUCACAAGUUGCCAUCCACUAAUUGAAUUUAAAUCGGAUUUAAUGUCGUUUCGCAAAAAUGUUGGCCAGUUGGCACUGAUUUGGUUCCAAUUCCAUUGGCUUUUCUGUCCUCUGCCUUUUCGGGAUGUCAAUCUAAUAAAGUGCAAGUGAAAGCGGUGGAAAUUCUGCUCAGUUCUUUGCUGUCACUUAAUAAUUCAAUCCCAGAAUGUAGGCAACGUUUGGUAACCCUCAAUGCCAGGCAGAUUUUAUUAUUUUUCCUCGGCUCUUUUUUAAUUUUCUUCGUUUCACGUCUUUUGUUGUCAGUGGAAAUGUCACAUGGAAAUCCAAAUAAGCAAAGCAGCAAGAAGAAAAACGAUGAAAAUUGUGUUAGUCUCGCGACAGAGCUGACAAAAUGAUAGAUGGAAGCCGCGUCAAAAUGGCGAAGAAGGAAAAACUGGCAAUCGAGGGGCGAAAAAAUUAGCGUGCGCCUUAAAAAAGCUUCAAAAGCAAUCAAAAUGACAACUUAAGUAGGCUUCCCAACAACACGAAAAGAAGGAAAGCCGCGAAGGGAAAGUGAAAAGAAAGAACUUAAGUUUAAAUAAAAGUAAGGACGAAAAGAGGAAAACUCUCCUCCUAGGGUUAGAUGGGAAUCGUGAGAAAUGUGGGCUCAAUUAGGGCAUAAUUGUUUGUUUUCUCACUCGGCUGGCUGGCUAGCUGCUAAUUGAAGCAUCAAAAGUUUUUUAUUGGCUCCCGUCAAGUGUGAGAGGGCAAAGAUGUAAUUCAAUUCCGCUCUGCCCCGUGCCCCAAAUGAAAAUUGAUGUUGGCUAAGCAAUUAUGAAAAUGUUGGCUGCCUAAGGAACAGCUCCGCUGCGUCAAAGUUCUCCCAAAUCGUGCGUAAAAUUGUUAAACUUUACUGCACAAGUCGAAGCAGACUUGCUAAGGAAAAUGUGUGGUCUCUGAGCCAGAACAGAUUUUCAUGCGGUUGUCUUUUCGGCCGGGCUGAGAACAUCAGUUUGUGUGGGACCCAAAUGCGCAUUUAACUUAAUCAAGAUUUUAAUAUUUAAAGAAUUUUCAGACCGGCAACAAAUUUGCUAACACACACAUACACACACACCGUACUCUUGUCAUCUCUUAUCAUUCUGAAGACCUUUACCAACUGUUUUGUGCUGGCAGGCAAAAAAGGGUUCUUCGUUCUCUGUUCUUGCUGCCAAAAGAGGAAACUAUUCUGCCAAGGACAAACAACAUUAUCUCUCUUACAUGAUGCUUGCCACACUUCAAUUGCUUGUAAAUGCCACACAAUAGAUACAGCCCAUUCCACAAACUCCCCAUCCACCCACUUCACUUGAUAAGUUCGUAGCCAAGUUGUUGUUGAGAAAAGUUUACUGGUAGUUUUCCCUUUCCGGCUUCUGGCUGUCGACUUGAUUUAGUUAUAUGUGUUGCACAUUUAUUUAUUUCGACCGGUUUUCUCUGCGAAAAUCAAUACCCAAAAUGACAGCUGCUCUGUGGCUCAAUCCCCUAAAACGUUUUGCAAUCUCUAUAGACAUUGGCAAAACAUUUCUGUAAAUAUUUAAAAUGAGGUCAAGGUUAUUUCACAAAUUUUAAGCGUGGGCUGGGAUUAUGGCCUUAACGGGUUGAGAUUGAGUUUUUUUAAUAUUUUAAAGUAUGUUAUUUUACAAUCAUACGCAACAUUGUGCUAUAGGAUAACCAUAUUUUUUUCUUACAUAUAUGUCUUUAUUUUCUAAGUGCAACUUGGAAUAAUGAAAAUUAUAUGUUUAUCUCUGGGCUUACGGGACCCAAACCCAACGGUAAGGAGAUACCACAGCUGUAAAACAUUUACCCAACUUUCGUAAUGGACUGUGGUCCAUAAAAACUUUGACUAUAAACUAUAUGGUGCUACUUCUUAUAGCCAGCUCUCUGCAAUAAUUCAGUGGUUUCAACUGCUUUACACUUUUCACGAUACUAAAUCAUAUUUAAAGGCGAUUAAAUAGGCGACGAGUGCAAGACACAUAAAUUAUGAAGACGAGGCGGCAGGCUUAAGUCGAGAGGUGUUGGAAUAAAUCUCACACAGACAAUUGGGUUUGUGUGGGAGAAGCAGAAAUUCUCCAGGCCUCAUAGAAACAACAUGUAUCUGCUGCCAACAAUGACAAAUUACCCAAAGCACAAAAAUGAAUGAGCGGAGAAUCACGCAAUACGCAGACAGGCACGCAGAAAGUAUCUGGCAGAUACAACAUGUUGUUAACAGCGACAAUAACAAGUUAUGAGGCAGCUACAGACUCUCUGCAUAACAAUAAACAGCAAGUUGGUGAAAUUUAUUUCACAAAACUAUUGUGCAAAUAAUGAAGCGCCCCGGGUCUCAAGACUCGGGGCGGAGCUCUCUUCACUAGACGUAAAAGUUAUAACUUAUAAGCAUAAUUCUUGGGAGGGAAGAGUGCGAGCAAGACAACACAUGUUGGCAUGUUGAUUGUCGCGUAUGCUUCGUAGUCUGCUUUUGGGCGGAUUAUUCCUCCACAACGCACAUUGUCCCCAAAAGUAUUUGCCAACUAGAUUUUUGACUUAGCAUUGUGGAGUGUAUAUCUGAGCUAGGCAUGCCUCGAUUUGAUCCGCUUUUCGUGGCGAUGGAAAAGUAGUGGCGUCCAAAAAAGGCAUGGAGUCAGAAAGUUUGCCAAGGCUUUGGUGUGGCAAAUCCCAGCGACCUUUCCCUAACCGCAUCACAUUAAGCUCGUGGUCUUGUCGACUUCAUCUGGCACAAGCUUAACUUUGAUUUCAGACACACUUCCCUGGUGAGUAAGUGAGUAACUAGCCCACUUAAAUGCGCGUUAGAACGAUGACAAGAUUUCAGGCACGGAGUGUUGGCUUUAAGAAAAAAGUUAAGGGACGUUGAAAGAAAAAUCUCCAACUGAGAAUCAGGUUACUCUUUCUGGUCUAAAAUGACUCUUUAUAUAUUUCAUAUGAAGAUAAUUCCGCCUAAUUGAUACAUUUAACCGAGCUAUUUUGGUUAAAUUACUUCACAAGUGUGCCUUACAUUGUAUUGACUGUUAAGCAAUUUUUGUGAAGGCCAAAAUCUAGGAAAUGAGCAAAGUUUCCACUCUCAGCUGAUGACGUUUACCGUCAACUUAAAAGCCUUGCUGAGGAUGAUAGCGUGUAAGUGAUUAAACUUCAAGGUACUUGAAGUUCCCUCUCUGGCUAAAACCAUUUUCAAAUAAAUAAACUAAACUUGGCCACGGUGCCGAGAAAAGUUAUCGGCCAAAAGGAAAGGCAAAAACUCUUAUUAGCCAGGAAGAGAAAAAGAGCAAAGUGGCAGGACAAGUAGACAGGCAAUUGCGAUAUAAAUAGUCAGUUGGAGCAGCUGCUGGAGUCCUGGGGGAAUUGGUCGGGGAUCCGGGAAAGAUGCAGUUGACAAACUAGAAGGAUACUAAAGCUUUUCUUAAAUUUGCUUAUGUUUUGUAGAGCAAAAUACUUAGGAAAAGCAACUUUAUCGCUUAGUGGCAUUAUGAGAAAUAUACUUCUUACCAUCACUGCCGAACACAACAAGUAGGCCACAUUGAAUCAAAGAAAGUCUGUCCAUUUUUUGUUUAUUGUUUUUUAUUAACAUAAUUGAUUGCCCGAUUUGUAUGGCUGUGGGAAACUCUUACACUUAUUGGGUAAGUUGUUCGAACUGCAGCAUCUGAGACAUUUUCUCCUCUGGCCCAGAAUGGGAAAUCAGUAAGAAAUCAGGAGCACGCCAUUACACUUCCGCCUCCUUGGAAUUAACUUAGCUGCUUAUCCUUUAUCCUCGGCUGAAACAUCUGGGUUUUCCUCCUCCAACUUUUACUUGAUUGAUGACGCUCAUUUGUACUACGUGUGCUCGGCUGAGUCUCCCUCUUUUUCCAGGUUGUGCCAAAUAAUUCUGCUUAAUUUUAAAUCAGUUUGCAAUUUGCUGCGUAAACUUUUCUAUACCGCCAUCUCCUCCUCAUGCGGUUGAAUUUGGUUUAUUGCCUCGGUGCGUGUUGCAUACUUCUUGCGGUGCCUGUCGGAAAUGUUUCUCAGUCCAGUAGUCGUUGUUGUCGGUUGUUUAUAAUACUUAAGCACACUCACGGGUAAAGUUAACCGCAAGUUACCAACUUUAUUAAUGUGCGUAUAUGCCCGUUCAUGGGCCUUUUUUUUGCUUAUUUUUUAUGGACUGUCUGUGUGUCGGCUUUGUUUGUCGUUAUUGCCUUUCCAGUUUAUUGUUUACUUUUCGGAAGUGUGUUACUUUUUAUACUUGUAUAUUAACUUGGAAAAAAAGUUGACAGAGGUUCGCAUUUUGUCACUGAUUUAUUUUCAUUAUGUCAGAAGAGACGUGAAACCAGAAGUUUAUUUUUUAAUUUGUAGAUUUGUGGUAUGUUGAUGCUUUAAACGUGCUACGGAGAUGAUCAAAAUCCCCUUAUUUACUAAAUCGAAGUAGUGUUAUAUUUUACUAAAUUAACUUAGGUUUGGAAUUUCAAGUCAUAACCAUUAGGUUAGUGAGCAAUCAAAAUUUAAUCUUUGGGAACAUAUUUGUCGAGCCAUUGUCGUCACUUUGUUCAUCUAGGUUUAACACACACUCUUAAUGUGGACUGUGGCUAUAACACCCACAAACAUCUAACCGCUUUCUCUCUCUUGACACCAAAUGCCAGCUACAAUAACACAUUUUUUCAAUAUCUUAUUUUAUUCUAUUCCAUUAUGCCCGCGUUCAGUGGAAAGUGGCAACAUAGUUGGUGCUCUGUGCAUUCCGUUUUUGCUUCAACGCCAUUAGGUAAAGCAAGAACACUGCAGUGGCAGUGUGGCUAAGGGGGGAAAUGCCAUACUUAUAGAGGGGGUGAGAAAACACCCCACCACCGAGUAUACAUUAAAAUUUUUGCCCUCAUAACGCAUUAAAAAAUGCGGAAUUUUUCGUGCUGUUUUUACGCGAGAACGCGAUUUUGCGCUGCCCAGCUUGGCUCCCUUUUGCUCCUCCUUGUUUUAGGUCCCCCUGCCAUUAUUUACUCAGUUUCAUUAUGCACCCAUUUCAUUAAAAGUUAAGUCGCUCUUCGAGGCCAGCCAGCGACAAUUUAUUUCAAUAAAUUUAAUUACUAAGCCCUUGCAGGCAUUUUUUGUUAACUGUUUUAUACGCUUGACCAGGCUGAUGUGCCCUGCCCUUCUUUUUAGAAUUGUAUGCCAGAUGAGAGGUGGGAAAGUGGGUUGGAGUUGUGUGAAACUUUCAUUACCUAUUUGUAUUACAUAAUUGCACUCACGUGUGGCAGUCCCAAAAGUGUGUGUACAUUAGUACAGGGGUGUCUGUGUCGUGUGUGUUUCUCACAAAAAGUUCCUCCAGCGGAAAGUUUCAUUUACUGUACGUUGGUAAUUUGUUGAAAGUUUUCUCCUUUUUUUCUACGUGUGUUCGCUGGGUCAUUUGCAGGAUGCCCAGGUGAACUUUUUCCUAUAAGUGGGUGAAUGAAUUGGGUUGCCUGCUAAUAUUGAAUAUGAGCGGUUGGCUGUUUUUAUGCAUAAGUGUAGCAAUACUUCGGUGCACUUUUGCAAUGAGUGGACAGCCUCAGCUGCAGUUUGUGGAGGAAGUACAAGAACAUAAUGCCAACCUAUAUAGCUGGCAGCAGUAGCUCCUAAUUAAUGUCAGUCAGUAUCUCUCCUAUUUUACUUACUCUGGCUUUGUUUUUUUCAACUUUGGAAAACACUGUGGGUGGGCGUGGCGUUGAGUGGGGCUAACGCCUUUUCCAUGUCAUAAUAAUUUCUGGCUGGCUUUUCCUUUAUCCCGCUGCCCCUGCUGCUUCACGCAAAACUGAGAAAUGGCGCAUGAAAAGCGCCAACAAACUUUAAUUAGUUAUGCAAAGCGAAUGCAGCUUUGGAAGCAAACAAAGAGGCAGAAAAAUAAAAAAAAGGGUAAAAACGAUUAUGUGAAGCAGCGUAAAUAUAUUUAAAA